CAGCGGGUGGCUGAGAGCCAAGUCCCUGCGAAUCCCGUCACCCGGCUGCGGCGCGGAAUCCGGCGCCGCGUCCCCGCGUCGCUUGGGGGUCUGGAGACAUGGCCCGAAGGGCUCUCAAGCUUGCUUCGUGGACCAGCAUGGCUCUCGCUGCCUCUGGCUUCUAUCUCUACAGCAACAAGUACUUGGAUCCUAAUGAUUUUGGUGCCGUCAGGGUGGGCAGAGCAGUUGCAACGACAGCUGUCAUCAGUUACGACUAUCUCACCUCCCUGAGGAGUGUCCCUUAUGGCUCAGAGGAGUACUUGCAGCUUCGAUCCAAGGUGCACCUCCGUUCUGCCAGGCGCCUCUGUGAGCUCUGCUGUGCCAACCGGGGCACUUUCAUCAAGGUGGGCCAGCACCUGGGCGCUCUGGACUACCUGCUGCCCGAGGAGUACACCAGCACCCUGAAGGUGCUGCACAGCCAGGCUCCGCAGAGCAGCAUGCAAGAGGUCCGCCAGGUCAUCCGCGAAGACCUGGGCAAAGAGAUCCACGAUUUAUUCAUGAGCUUUGAUGACACUCCCCUGGGGGCCGCCUCCCUGGCCCAGGUCCACAAGGCGGUACUGCAUGAUGGCCGGACGGUGGCCGUGAAGGUCCAGCACCCAAAGGUACAAGCUCAGAGCUCGAAGGACAUUCUUCUGAUGGAGGUGCUCGUCCUGGCUGUGAAGCAGCUGUUUCCAGAGUUUGAGUUCAUGUGGCUGGUGGACGAAGCCAAGAAGAACCUGCCUUUGGAGCUGGACUUCCUCAAUGAAGGGAGGAAUGCUGAGAGAGUAGCCCAAAUGCUCAAGCACUUUGACUUCUUAAAGGUCCCCCGCAUCUACUGGGAGCUGUCCACCAAGCGGGUUCUUCUGAUGGAGUUUGUGGAUGGCGGCCAGGUCAAUGACAGGGACUACAUGGAGAAGAACAAGAUUGAUGUCAAUGAGGUCUCACGCUACCUGGGCAAGAUAUACAGCGAGAUGAUCUUCGUCAAUGGCUUUGUGCACUGCGACCCCCACCCCGGCAAUGUGCUGGUGCGGAAGCACCCGGGCACAGGAAAGGCAGAGGUUGUCCUGCUGGACCACGGGCUCUACCAGGUGCUCACAGAGGAGUUCCGGCUGAAUUACUGCCGCCUCUGGCAGUCACUGAUCUGGACUGACAUGAAGAAAGUGAAGAAGUACAGCCAGCGCCUGGGAGCCGGGGACCUCUACCCCUUGUUUGCCUGCAUGCUGACGGCCCGGUCUUGGGACUCGGUCAACAGGGGCAUCAGCCAAGCUCCGGUCACCGCCACUGAGGACUCAGAGAUCCGCAACAACGCGGCCAACUACCUCCCCCAGAUUAGCCAGCUCCUCAACCACGUGCCUCACCAGAUGCUGCUCAUCUUCAAGACCAAUGACUUGCUCCGUGGGAUUGAGGCCGCCCUGGGCACCCGGGCCAGUGCCAGCUCCUUCCUCAACAUGUCACGGUGCUGCAUCAGAGCGCUGGCUGCGCACAAGAAGAAGAAUCCGUGUUCAUCCUUCAGAAGGGCCCGGAUCUAUUUCAGCGAGGCCUUUGGCUUAUGGCAGAUCAGCCUUCAUGAACUGGUUCUGCAUGUGAAGGGCUGGAAGCUGGCCAGCUGGGUCUUGGCCUUGCUUUGCUGGCUGUUGCCCACUCCACACUGAGUGCACUUGCUGUCCCCUUUCCCUUUCCAGUGUGACUCUGUGCUGGGCAAGUGGACUUCUCACCCCUCACUCCUCUGUCCUGUCUCCACGCAGGUGCCCUGUUUCUGUCACAUGGUGGCCUGGGGCCCCAUGGUCAUUGUCACUGGCACUACACACCUCUGGAAUCCCUCUCCUGUGCCGGAGCCCUUGUCUCUGGGCCCACAAGUUGUCCCAUGCAGUAGGCUUCUCCCCUUGUCCAGGGAGAAGCCACAACAGUGUUUCCCACUCUAGGUGGGUGCCGUGGGGCUGGAUGUCACCUUACUUCCAGUAACGACUCCUGUUGUCAGGAUGGACUAUGAAUCCCACGGACUUCCUACAUGAACUCCUACAUUUAACUUGUGGGCACUUUGAUUUUGCUGGAAGAGAGCACAGUUUCUGAUCUUGCUGGGAACAGAUUCCCUCUCCGUGUCCUGUCACUCCCCAGAGGUGUUUUACCUGAGCAAGGUGGCUCGGCGUCCGGGGCAUGAGUUCACUGCUGUCGCGGUGACCCCUUUGCUGUUUUAUGUACUGUGGUUCAAUAAAAACCCCUUCAGGGUUGCAGGGAAG